UCAUUUUAGCAUCCAUUGAAGAUGAAAUCAUGAUACAUAGAAUCCAGCAAUUUCUUAAUUGUACUCCUGCUAAGCAAUGGCGAACGCAAUGGGAUUUUUUCGUCUAAUUAGGGCUCGAACCACCACAUCAUCUCUCGCAUCGGUUAUUCAUCCUCCAAAAACUCCUCUAUCAGGAACAACUGAAGCGUUAAAGAGUUUUGUAAGGGUUUUUGAAUCACCAUCUGGACGAUGCACUCGUCCCUUGAUCAUUAGUUGGAAAUUACACGCGCAGAGAUAUCUUCAUAUGACGAAAUCUUACACUUUAGGGCAUGAAUUUAACAUGGGGAGAUUGUUAGGUGUGUCAGCUGUACUAGGAUCUUUCUUACUCCGGCCGCGCUAUGCACAUUGUAUGGAUGGAUAUGCCAGCUCAGCAGAUCAUCAUAACAUGGGGAUGUUGGGCGACUCAGAGACUGAUGACAAUCCACACAAUUUCAUGAUUUUUGCAAAGAAACUGAUGGUACCUAUUGCUCUACUCUUAAUCGUGUGGAUGAACUGGAACCAUCCUGUUGUUCUUGGAGUUAAAGUGAUACUUACUCUUCUCAGUACAAAACCCAGCCCUUUCUCAGUUUAUGUAUUCAUUAAACAGUUGCAGCAACAAUACAGAGGCCGACACCCCAUCUUACACAAAUUCAAGUCAUUGUACGCGACAAAGGUUGAAGUUGACGAUUACACAGUACUGUGCAUUGCUAAGGUUGAAAUAUUAGAUCAGAAGUACACUCUACUGGGAGUUCUGGGUGGCUGGUGGGUUUUUGAAAUUACAUCUUUGCGAACUGCUCUUUCUGGAUUUAGAAGCAGAACUCUACAAAUACUAGAAACUGCUGUAAGUAGUGAAGUGUAGUUGUUCUACUCGUUUGCUAAUGUCAUCGUAAUUACUUUUCAAAUCAUAGAUUAUUAGUUUUGACUUUUUGAUUAUUGGGAUGAAACUGUGAAAUAGUUGGAUUAAAAAUAGCUUAUACAGACGUGUUUUCUCA